AUGUUGGGCUUUGUUCGCUGUGGAAUCCACGGCUUUGAUGAAGUGCUAGGGAUUGACAGCGAUGAGAUUCGCUUCUUCUGGAUACUGGAAACAGAUGAUCACCACGCCGCACAAACUGCCUACCGCGUGGUGCUAAGUACCAACUCUGCAGCUGUUGAAGAUGACAAUCUGGAUGCUUCCCAACUUGAAUGGGACUCAGGACGCGUCGAAAGUGCUGAGCAAAGAAACGUUAUUUGCAAGCCAGAGCAUGGCUUUAAAUCAACUUGCAGUUACUACUGGCGGGUGACUAUGUGGAAUCAGAACAACGAAGCUCACCACAGCCCUGUUCAGCACUUUUUCACCGGCUACCCACGUGCACGACUUUUGCCUCCAUAUAGCAUGAACCAGACAUACAUGCCGCAUACAAGCCUCAUUUUUCGAACAUGGUUUGAGGAUGAGGCGAAUCGGUGGAAGGCUGUUUGGAUUGGUGAUGGAGGUGAUAAGCCAAUUUAUCUCCGGAAGUCCUUCGAGCUACCACAAGCACCGACGCGCGCUAUUCUGUUUGCUUCCGGCUUAGGCCAUUUCAACAUGACAAUGAACGGUCAGCCGACUUCGAACCACCGAUUGGAUCCUGGAUGGACCAAUUAUCACCGACGUGUUCAGUUCACCUCUUACGAUGUUACUGACCGUAUCCAAGCGGGAGAAAACGUCCUUGGAGCCCAUGUUGGUAACGGAUUCUACGCUGGUGAUAAGGGAGGAGAUGACCGAUUCUUUUGGCCAAUGUACGAAGACAACACGUAUGUGAGAUAUGGAAACGAGCUCUGCUUCUUCUGUGAGCUUCAUCUUUUCUAUGAGGACGGUACACAUGAGACUCUUAUCUCUGAUCCGACUUGGUCUGUGCGAAAGAGUGCUACGACCUUGGCCAACAUCUAUGCUUCGGAGAAUCAUGAUCGUCGUCUUUACCCAAUUGGCUGGGACUCCCCUGGCUUUGAUGUUAGCGAUUGGAAGCCGGCUAAGCCACUGACCGGGCCUCGGGGUCACAUCUAUUACCAAACUCAACCGCCUGUUGUGCUGCAUGAGACAUUUGAGCCAGUCAAAACAUACAGCCCUCGCCCAGGGACUGUUUGCUAUGACCUGGGCCAAAAUGCCUCCACCAUGGUCCAAGCCAUUAUCGAAGGGUCCGCUGGAUCUGAGAUCAUCGUUCGGUAUUCCGAAACCGUGAAUGAUGAAGGCACAGUCUUGAUGCCAGAUCCCCUUUUCAAGGAGUUCGAGACCGGUGUUUUCUCCAGAAUAUGUUUGGCAGGUACGGGUGAACCAGAGAUGUGGGAGCCAGACUUCAGUUUCACAAGCGCUAGGUACAUCCAAGUCGAAGGUGUCUCUCUCACACCGGGCGAGGGUCUCCCUGUUGUUCAUUCUGUUGUCGGUCGUCAUAUCUCUUCCGCCGCAAGGAAGCUUGGUACAAUGAAGACAGACAAAGAGGAUGCCAAUGCUCUUCUCAACGCUCUCCACUGGAGCUUCAGCAGUAAUCUCUUCAGCUACCAUACCGACUGUCCGCAGAUUGAGAAGUUCGGGUGGUUGGAGGUGACUCAUUUACUCGCGCCAGCUACGCAGUAUACCCGUGACAUGGAAUCACUGUACACCAAGAUCCUUGAUGAUAUUCUCGACGCGCAAGAACCAAGUGGUCUUGUGCCCACUAUGGCUCCAGAGAUCCGAUACAUGUGUGGUCCUCUUCACGACACUAUUACUUGGGGUUGUGCUUUGUGUCUUCUUCCAGACAUCCUACGACGAUACUAUAGAUCUACACAUGUCAUCGCCAAGGUAUACCCAGCUGCCGUACGAUACAUGGAGUAUAUGCGGACUAAAGAGCGCAAGGGAGGACUGAUUGAGCACGGCCUCGGAGACUGGGGCCGCGAUAUUGCCUUUGGAAACCAUCAAGCCAAUAUUGAGACUGCCAUCUACUUCCAAUGUCUGCAAUGCGUUGAAAUGAUGGCUCGCGAGCUUGGAAAACUUGAAGAGGCAGAGAAGUUCAAGCAAUGGGCCCAGCGUAUUUACGAUGUUUACAAUAAACAUUUGCUUGUUACCGAUGAUUCAUCGCACCCCUAUGCAUACUACACUUCCCUGGACAACUUCCCUCAUCGAGACCGCACAGCCAUCGCCCAGGCGAUGGCUCUUCAGAUCGGCCUGGUGCCAGAAGAGCACAAAAAGGGUGUGAUGGCCGCAUUCCUAGACGAUGUGUCAGACGGCAAAAUCCGCGCUGGUGAAAUUGGACUUCGCUAUCUCUUCAACACACUAUCCGAUGCCAAACGACCGGACCUGGUGCUCCAAAUGGCUCGACAAGAGGAGCAUCCCUCAUACAUGCGCUUCCUGCGCCGAGGCGAGACAACGCUUCUGGAAUUCUGGCAAGAUGAAUGCCGGAGUAAAUGCCAUGAUAUGCUGGGUACGAUCUACGAGUGGUUUUAUACUUCCGUGCUUGGUUUGAAGGUGAUUGAAGAUGGAUACCGGUUAUUCGAGAUUGAUCCGCCUUACGGGGCAGAAUUCGGCCAUGUGAACGGCACGGUUGAUUGCCCAUACGGAUUGAUCGAUAUUGACUUCCGUCAGGAGAAGCAUAAUGUGGUUCUGAAGGUCCUUGUUCCUUUUGGAACUAAUGCUCGGGUGAAGCUUCCUGGUGCUUUGAAGUCCUACGAGGUUGAACGUGAUGGAUCAUCUAUUCAAAUAGAUGGGGAGCCUCAUUUGACCAUUGGACACGGGUCGUACACUGUUAGAGUUCAGUUGUAA